AAAGUCAAAGUAAAUUAGAUAGCUGCCAAUUAAUUGUAAAUACAAUUCUUUAUUAUUCUUCGCAGUUCGAUCAUUACGACUACGAUUGCUCGUUUUAUAGAAUUAACAAUUGAACAAACCAAACCAUUUUUCUAUCAGAAUUUUACACUUGUGAAAAUGGUGAAGGUAUGGUAUAUGGAUGAUGACACUCAAAGUGACCAGCGCCUGGAACACCAUAGAAAUCCUCCAGAAUACAUCUCAGUGAACGAUUUAUUGAAGAAAACCGGUGUAGAAUAUUUUAAACUCAAUGUAGAGACAUUUGCCACAGAUGGAGUUUUGGAUAAGCUAAAAAAGGAGAGAGGAUACACAUAUGAAGAUGAAAUUACAUGCUCCGAGAAGUGCUUAGCCAACUAUGAGGAAAAACUGAAAUCAUUCUACACGGAACACUUGCAUACUGAUGAAGAAAUAAGGCUGGUGCUAGAAGGUUCCGGAUACUUUGACGUACGAGACAGCAAAGACCAGUGGAUCCGCAUCGCCGUGUUCCCCGGGGAUCUGAUCAUCAUACCCAGUGGGAUUUAUCAUAGAUUCACUCUUGAUUCUAAUAAUUUCAUUCGGGCCAAACGCUUUUUCGUCGGAGAACCGGUGUGGUUGCCAUACAACAGGCCAGCUGACGAUAUGGAGUGCCGUAAGGAGUAUGUAGAGAAGCUACACAAGGGAUUCGUCGCUGCAUACUGAAUUAUUGUGAAGUUUUUUUUUUUUUUUUUGUUAUCAAUAGAAGAUGUUUUAUAUAUGUUGGAUGUGGUUUUAUAAGAUUUUACCCAAGUAUAUUGAAAUGUUAUUGAAAAUAGGUAUAUUAAAAAUGUAAACAAUGAAAUAUUAAGGACCAAAUAGAUAGAUUUCUCAUUUGUUAGUAUAUGAGUAAAUGUAAUUUUCUCAUAUGUUUAUCAUAUUUUUUCUACAGGCAAAGUGACUAAUAAAUUGAAACUCCCCCACCCCAUGUUGUGUUAUCGGCCAUCUUCAAUUUGAUAUUUAACACUAACACAUAUUACUAGUAGGGUUUGACCCCUUGAUUUGAUGCCCAAAUUGAGGGAGUUGCAUUUUCUGUUGCUGCCAUCUUUGAGCGAUUUUUAUUAAACAUGCUUACAUGCUAGGAAACGGACAUUCAAGUAAAAAAAUUAAAAAAUCUAUAUAAGUUGUAUUUCUUUAAAUAUUUGCCAUAUUUUUGUUUGAAAAACUACCUAUUAAACGUGUAGUAAUUAUAAAUAAUGUGAUAAUAUUAAUAAUGAUAUUCAAAUGUUACUAAAAAUAUAUUAUUAGUGUAAGUUUUUGAGGUGUUAUUCCAAUAUACUUGUUUAAUUAUUA